GAGAGAGAGAGAGAGAGAGAGAGAGAGGAUGUGGACCGAGACCAUUCACUCGCUCUGUUGCCGAUGCAACUCACCAACAGAUUUCAUUCUGAAGACGCUGGAAAUAAUGCUUGGGCUACUUUAUUAUUCGUGCGCUACAAAGAAAAGCACUUUGGCGUGUGUUCGCCCUAACUAAUUGUUGCUUGAAUAGCAUCGCUCCCUGCAGGCUUAAAUUACAUCUCUGCAGCAUCCUUGCAGAGUAGCCUCCGCUGCCGAUUCCAUUCCCCCCCUUCCGCCCCCCUCCCCACUGCAUCUCGAGGUGCCAUUGACGGAACCGGAGACUGGGCUCACAUAUCUGGGCUCCUGCGGCGCAACCCACACGGACUGGCAGGAGUGAGUACAUCAGAAAAACAAAAGUUGGGAUCGGUGCUCCGGCCACGCACACGCGCUCUGUGCCGAGGGUCGAUGCGAAUUAUUAAAAAAAGGGAUCCAGAGGAGAGGCUCGUUGUGCAGAUGAUGAAUACGAAGUCGUGCUCAUCAGACGCGGCGCUGUUCACCUGGAAUACCUGAAGCUCGCCGAUGCCACGCAGCUGCACCAACUUAUAAACACUGUUGCAUGUUUUCACGGCUGAUAUUUCGGCCCCUGUGGCCUAACCCGUGAAUUUAUGUACAGAAAAAGAUCGGUCGCUGUUGCCUCGAACACCUGAGUGCUGUUAAAACUCGCAGCAGCUGAAUUACACGCCACCGUCCUCCGAAGAGGAUGCUGCCCGAAGAAGAGCAAUAAUGCCCGGGACUCGAAGGAUUUUCUGAUCAGGAUGACAUCUGCUUCAAAUAUUCCUUGACUCGAAGCAAAGAAUCUACGUUCUUCUUCUUAUUUUUAUUUAUUUAUUUAUUUAUUUUUUCGCGAAGAAGCUGCAUCAAGACCCGACCCCUGCCGAACUAGACUCUCGGUUUUCAGACUCGGUUCGGGAGAGAUGGCCGCGAUCGCCAGCUCCCUGAUCCGGCAGAAACGCCAGGCGAGGGAGUCCAACAGCGACCGGGUCUCUACUUCGAAACGUCGCCCCAGCCCCAGCAAAGACCCCCGCUCUCUCUGCGAGAGGCAUUUCUUGGGGGUUUUCAGCAAAGUCCGUUUCUGCAGCGGAAAGAAAAGACCCGUUCGGCGGCGACCAGAUGCACCUUCGAAACCUCCACAGGUGUCCCAUAAGGGCUGCAGGCUAGAGCCACAGCUGAAAGGCAUCGUGACACGACUGUUCAGCCAGCAGGGCUUCUACCUGCAGAUGCAGCCAGAUGGAACCAUCGAUGGCAGCAAGGACGAGAACAGUGACAACACCCUGUUUAAUCUAAUUCCCGUGGGUCUGAGAGUCGUGGCCAUCCAGGGGGUGAAGAGCGGCUUCUACAUUGCCAUGAACGGCGAGGGCAUGCUCUACAGCUCGGAGAUGUUCACGCCAGAGUGCAAGUUCAAGGAGUCGGUUUUCGAGAACUACUAUGUGAUCUACUCGUCCACUGUGUACCGGCAGCAGGAGUCGGGCCGCGCCUGGUUCCUUGGCCUCACCAAGGAGGGACAAGUCAUGAAGGGCAACCGCGUCAAGAAGACCAAACCCUCGUCGCACUUUGUGCCCAGGCCCAUUGAAGUUUGUAUGUACAGGGAGCCGUCGCUGCAUGAGAUAGAGGACAAGCACCGCUCCAGGAAGAGCUCAGGGACUCCCACCAUGAACGGAGGGAAAGCUGUCAAUCAGGACUCCACAUAGCACUGGGGGGAGGGGCUUCCAGCAGGGGGGGAGUGGCCUCGUCCUGACUCAGGGGAAGGGGCCAUAGGAAACCUCAUCGCCCCCCACCCCCCAAAAUCCGCACCACCAUACCCCUCGGAAAAAGAAGAGGGUGUUGCGACAACGAGGAGCUACUACUGUACAACAAAGACAACAAAAACUGAACUCUUGCCUGUGAAAACCUUUUAGAUGAAUUAAUAUAAAACCAGAGGAUAUAUAUAUAUAUAAAUAUAUAUAUAUAUAAAGAAAAUAAUUUUCAAUCAGGACUACUUGACCAACAUUUUAUGCAAAAAAAGAGAAAAAGCUGUGAUAAAAAAAAGGAAUGGUGGUCUCCUUUCGCUCAAAUACAAAUAUCUGUCAUUUCCAAUUUAUGCUGUGAAAAACAAGCUUUAAUACAUGUUCAAUUUUCAUAUUUUUUUUUCUAUAUGCUGUUUAGAAAAAAAUACGCUUUAUUGUUGUCAAAAAUAACAAUUACCAUCGUCUUUAUAAUCAUCCUUAAUCAUCUGUUUAUCCCAGUUACUGUCACGGCUACUCUGACUUUCUUUUGUUUUUGAGACUAAAGAAAGAAUCACUCUUGUGUUUUCUCUCUCACAGUUUGAUCUUGAAUGCACUGUCACACCACCUGCUCUGGUGUGAAAGUAGGACUGAAAGUACUGGCAGUUCUCUGUGUUGGGCUCCAGUGGAACCAGAGUGCUUAUGGUGGGAUGUAAUUUACUCAGGUGUGUACUGUAAGUUAGACUGAUGUGACUAAUAGGACACAAACUCCCCCUACGUGAUCCUGCUGUGGGAGGAGAGGGCUGAUCAAAGCAAUAUUAGUAGAGUGCACUAGUAUGUCUCUAAAUAAUAACAAGCUGACGACA